AUGGAUUUCCCAAAUAUCUCCUGGUACAACGACAGCUAUGAAAACAGGACUCUCAAUGGCUCCAGCCUGGAGCAGAAGCCCACCCAGUACAACUACUAUGCCAUGCUGCUCACUCUCCUCAUUUUUGUCAUCGUCUUUGGCAACGUGCUGGUCUGCAUGGCUGUGUCCAAGGAGAAAGCCCUGCAGACCACCACCAACUACCUGAUCGUCAGCCUUGCCGUGGCCGACCUGCUCGUGGCUACGCUGGUGAUGCCAUGGGUGGUUUACAUGGAGGUAAGGAGGCCACGAUUGCAACUUCUGGAGGCAGAGAUCUUUGUCACCCUGGAUGUGAUGAUGUGCACAGCCAGCAUUCUCAAUCUCUGCGCCAUCAGCAUUGACAGGUACACUGCGGUGGCCAUGCCCAUGCUGUACAACACCCGCUACAGCUCCAAGCGCAGAGUCACUGGGAUGAUUGCUGUGGUGUGGAUCCUCUCCUUCGCCAUCUCCUGCCCUCUGAUGUUUGGGCUGAACAACACAGAGAAGAAUGAGUGUAUCAUUGCCAACCCUGCCUUUGUUGUGUAUUCUUCUAUCGUCUCCUUCUACGUUCCUUUCAUUGUCACCCUGCUGGUGUACGUGCAGAUCUAUAUAGUGUUGCGGAAACGCAGAAAACGGGUCAACACCAAACGCAUCGCCAGCCAUGUGGGCCUGGACGCCGACACGCAGGCUCCAUUGAAGGAGAAAUGCACUCAUCCAGGAGAUGUCAGGCUCUGCACGCUCGUUGUGAAGAGCAACGGGAGCUUUCCUGCUCAUAAGGGCAAAGUGCGUGCUCUCAACAGGUCCAUUGAAUUGGAGAUGGAGAUGGCCACCAGUACCAGCCCACCAAAGAACAAUGUUCAGCCACCUCUGCCAAGUGACAUGGAACCAGCUGAGCCAGCUGCUCCCAUCCCCUGUGCCAAUUUAACUCCACCAUCCCCUGAAAACAGCCCCCUUGACAUGCAGAAGAAUGGGCAUACCAUAGACAAUUCCAAAACGGCCAAGGUCUUUGAGAUUCAGACGAUGCCCAAUGGCAAAACCAGGACUUCCCUCAAAACUAUGAGCAGGAGGAAAUUUUCACAACAGAAGGAGAAGAAGGCCACUCAAAUGCUUGCCAUUGUGCUUGGUGUUUUCAUCAUCUGUUGGCUCCCUUUCUUCAUCACCCACAUUAUGAACAUGCACUGCAACUGUGAAAUCCCACAGGUCAUGUACAAUGCCUUCACGUGGCUUGGAUACGUGAACAGCGCAGUCAAUCCUAUCAUUUACACCACCUUCAACAUUGAGUUCCGGAAAGCUUUUAUGAAGAUUCUUCAUUGCUAA